GGGUGUUCCAGGUACAUGAGAACAACCCUGAAACCAAAAGAGUUCAGUCAGCUGAGUCUCCGUUUAGAGAGGACCGAACAGAGGAGGAGGAGGGAACUCGAGGCCGAGGCACGACUGACUUCAGAUCAGAAGAUGAGUGAUCAUGUGGAGGAAGAGGAGGAUGGAGCAGAGUCUGUAGUAUCCGGCUGUCUGUCUAUGAAGAGCGACUGGUCCAAAGGUUUUUCUCAAGACUUCAGGAAUCAACCUGGACCCUCAGACACAAAAGAGAAGAGGAGUGAUGUUCCUGUUGAGGAGCUGCAGACAGCCAAUCAGAGCAGCUCUGUACAAAUGAUUUGUGUUCGGCAUGAACAUAAGAUCAUUAUGAAGAGGACAUGUGAACGUGUGACUGAAGGAAGUGAUCAAACAGGAAGUGAAAGCCUCCUCAACAGGAUCUACACUGCGCUCUACAUCGCAGAGGAACAGAGUGACGACGUUAAUACCCAACAUGAGGUGAGGCAGCUCGAGACAGCUUCAAAGAUGGAGACCCUCCAUGACUCUCCAAUCAAGUGCAGCGACAUCUUUAAAGCCUUACCUGACCAACAGAAACACAUCAGAGUCGUUAUGAUGAUAGGCGUCGCUGGCGUUGGAAAAACCUUCUCAGUUCAGAAGUUCUGUCUGGACUGGGCCGAGGGUUUGGAAAACCAAGAUGUGGAUCUGGUGAUUCCUCUUUCCUUCAGGGAGCUGAACUUGAUCAAAGAUGAGCAGUACAGUCUUCUGGAGCUGCUCCGUGUUUUCCAUCCAUCAUUACAGGAGGUCCCAGCAGAGCAGCUCGCUGGCUCUAAAGUUCUCUUCAUCUUUGACGGCCUGGAUGAAAGCAGACUUUACCUGGAUUUCAACAACAAUGAGGCUGUUUCUGAUGUCACACAGAAGUCAUCAGUCAACGUGCUGUUGACAAACCUCAUCCAGGGGAAGCUGCUUCCCUCGGCUCUCGUCUGGAUAACUUCCCGACCUGCAGCAGCCAAUCAGAUCCCUCCUGCGUGUGUUGACAGGGUAACAGAAGUACAAGGCUUCACUGACGCCCAGAAGGAGGAGUACUUCAGGAAGAGAGUCAGUGAUGAAGAUCUGUCCAGCAGAAUCAUCUCCCACAUCAAGACAUUCAGGAGCCUCCACAACAUGUGUCUGAUCCCAGUCUUCUGCUGGAUCACUGCUACAGUUGUGGACCACAUGUUGACUACAGACCAGAGAGGAGAGCUGCCCAAGACCCUGACUGACAUGUACUCACACUUCCUGCUGGUUCAGACAAAGAGGAAGAAGCUCAAGUACGCUGAGGGACAUGAGACGAGUCCACAGGAGCUGACGGAGGCUGACAGGGAAGUUCUUCUGAAGCUGGGGAGGCUGGCAUUUGAACAGCUGGAGAAAGGAAACAUCAUGUUCUACCAAGAAGACCUGGAGCGCUGUGGUCUGGAUGUCACAGAGGCCUCGCUGUACUCAGGAGUUUGUUCAGAGAUCUUCAAAAGAGAGAGUGGGAUCUUCCAGAAAACAGUCUACUGCUUUGUUCAUCUGAGCGUUCAGGAGUUUCUGGCUGCAGUCUACCUGUUCCACUGUUACACCAACAGGAACACACAGGUACUGGAGGACUUCCUGGGAGAAGACUGGGACCGGGACUUGACCUGGAACUAUAAAAACAGUGGUCCAUCCCUGGAUGAUUUCCUGAAGAAAGUCAUUGAGAAAUCUCUUGAAAGUAAAAAUGGUCACCUGGACCUGUUUGUCCGCUUCCUAAAUGGCCUCUCUCUAGAGUCCAACCAGAAACUCUUAGGAGGCCUGCUGGGUCAGACAGACAACAGUCCAGAAAUCAUCCAGAGAGCCACCAACAACCUGAAGAUGAUGAACAGUGAUGAGAUCUCUCCUGACAGAAGCAUCAACAUCUUCCACUGUCUGACGGAGCUGAACGACUGCUCAGUCCAUCUGGAGAUCCAAAAGUUCCUGAAGUCAGAGAACAGAGGGUGGAAGAGACUCUCUGGGAUCCAGUGCUCAGCUCUAGCCUACAUGCUGCAGAUGUCAGAGGAGGUUCUGGAUGAGUUGGAUCUGUACAAGUACAACACAUCACCACUAGGACAACGGAGACUGAUUCCAGCUGUGAGGAACUGCAGAAAGGCUCGACUUACUAACUGUGGACUCUCGGAGACUCACUGUGAAGUUGUCGCCUCAGCUCUGAAGUCCAACCCCUCCCAUCUGAGUGAGCUGGACCUGAGUUACAACUACCUGCAGGAUUCAGGAGUGAAGCUUUUGUCUGCCGCAUUGGAGGAUCCACACUGUAAACUGGAGAUUCUGAGAUUGAAUGCCUGCAGGUUGUCAGAGAUCAGCUGUGCUUCUCUGGCCUCAGCUCUGAAAUCCAACCCCUCUCAUCUGAGAGAGCUGGAGCUGAGUAUCAACAAGCUGCAGGAUUCAGGAGUGAAGCUGCUGUGUGCUUUUCUGAUGAGUCCCUGCUGUAGACUGGAGACUCUGAGAUUGAUGAACUGCAGUUUGUCAGAGAUCAGCUGUGCUGCUCUGGCCUCAGCUCUGAAGUCCAACCCCUGCCAUCUGAGAGAGCUGGAUCUGAGUGACAACAACCUGCAGGAUUCAGAUGUGACACUGCUGUCAGAUCUUGUGAAGAAUCCACACUGUAGUCUGAAGACUUUGCUGUGGAGGUGAAGGUUUUACUAAGAGUGAUCAGAAAGGUGGAGCUGUUGAGAGCAUAAGCUGAGUCCAGAUGAUCCAGAGAGCAGCUCUGACUGAACCUUGUUACUGGGAUGACUCGCAGUGCUGCAGCCUGAGCUGCUCUGAGAUGAGCUCCGCUGUCAGACACAAUGUGGAGUCCAUCAUCAUCCCUGUGUGUUCCUCUGAUCCAUCUCCACAGUCUCUGCAGACACACCGAGGCCCAAUCCCAAUCUCCACCCUGAGACCUUAAACCCUGAUCCCUCACUACUUUUACUGAGGUCACCUGGUAAGUGACGGAGAGCGAGAGGCUGCGAGGGCUCCAUGUGGUUUACACAGGACUGGGACAGAACUUUACCUUGACCACAACAAAACCUGUUAGGUACAACUGUGGGUUUGGGACUUUUUAUUGUACUUUUAUUGUACUUCAUAGCCAAGGAAGACUUGAACGUCUAACACAUGAAUUAUACUAGACGCAUCCAAGGUGGCGCGCGCCAUCGUGACGUCAAAAUGACGUAAUAUCCUGCUGUUGCGCCCGGAUUUAUGGCGCGCGAGCCGAGGUUGCGCACGGCUCUCUUUUUUUCAGCGGCGCGCGACAAAGCGGAAACAGGAGGCCUGAACGAGUUCGCCGACAACGUGAUGCCAGGACUCUCAGAGUGACAAGUGCAAGUCUCUCCUGUAAACUUCCUGGGUUAAAAUUCAAUUCAAUUCAAUUUUAUUUAUAGUAUCAAAUCAUAACACGAGUUAUCUCG